AUGUGUAUACUCGGCAAUCGGUACAUGACGUCUGGUUCUCUAUGCUCGAUUGCUUCUCCCUUAGCCGAUUACAUAGCGCAUGCGCUGACCCUCCUUCUUCCUUUUCGUCCGUCUCGAGUCGCCAUGGCUCCUGUGAAGAAGACCGUUACCAAGGGCAGCAAGAAAAAGAAGCAACUGCUCAAAUUCACAUUGGAUUGUACUCAUCCAGUGGAAGAUGGUAUCAUGGAUGCUGCUAAUUUUGAGCAGUUUUUGCACGACCGUAUAAAAGUGAAUGGCAAGGUCGGAAACUUGGGAGGAGGAGUAGUGUCAAUUGAACGAAGCAAGAGUAAAAUCACAGUGAGUUCAGAAGUUCCCUUUUCAAAGAGAUAUCUGAAGUACCUCACUAAGAAAUAUCUGAAGAAAAACAACCUCCGUGAUUGGCUUCGUGUGGUUGCCAACAGCAAAGAAAGCUACGAGCUGAGAUAUUUCCAGAUCAACCAGGAUGAAGAGGAAGAAGAGGAUGAAGAUUAAACUGGGAUCUGGAAGGCUUUUUUUGUAAAGAAAAUAAAAUAUACACAUACUUUA